UUCCGGGUCGGGCGGGAAGAUGGCGGCGCCCAUGGAGCUGUUCUGCUGGGUCGGGGGCUGGGGGCUGCCCUCGGUGGACCCCGACUGCUUGGCCGUACUGACCUACGCGCGGUUUACCGGGGCGCCGCUGAAGGUACACCGGGUCACCAGCCCCUGGAGGAGCCCCUCCGGGUGUUUGCCUGCGCUGAAGACGCGGGACGAGGGCACCAUCUCCAAAACGCAGCAGAUCAUAACUCACCUCAGGAAGCAGAAGUACAACGCUGACUACGACCUCUCGGCCACGCAAGGCGCUGACACGUUGGCCUUCGUGUCCCUGCUGGAGGAGAAACUGCUGCCAGUGCUGAUCCACACCUUCUGGGUGGAUGCAAAGAACUACGUGGAGCACACACGGAAAUGGUACGCAGAAACCAUUCCCUUCCCCCUGAACUUCUUCCUGCCCAACUGCAUGCACAAGCAGCACCUGGAGCGGCUGCAGCUCCUGUGGGGAGAUGGCUACAUGGAGGAUGAGGAGAAGCUGGAAAAAGAGCUCUACCGGGAUGCUCGGGAAUGCCUGACACUCCUGUCCCAGCGCCUUGGCUCCCAGAAGUUUUUCUUCGGUGACUCGCCAGCUUCCCUCGACGCCUUCGUCUUCAGCCGCCUGGCGCCGCUCCUGAAGGCGAAGCUGCCCAACGGGAAACUGCAGCAGCACCUGAAGUCCCUGCAGAACCUGUGCAACUACUGCACCUCCAUCCUCAGUCUCUACUUCCCCUGGGAUGGAGGUGAGCCCUCGGCCAGCGCCCCACGGGCUGCGGGUGCUGACGGCAGCGAGGCAGAGGAGGACCCCCACAAACGGCGCAACCAACUGCUGUCGGUGCUGGUGGGGCUGGCAGCCAUGCUGGGCUAUGCCUUCCUGAGUGGCAUCGUCUCCAUCCAGCGUGGCAGCGUGGGGCCGGCUGGCCGUCAGCCCCUCGCCCUGGAGGAGGAGGAAGAGGAAGAGGAGGAGUGAGGAAGGGCCGCGCAGUUGUUUCUUGUCCAACCCCUGGAACUGACUGUUUUUACACUGGGAGCCUGGCAGCACUGCUCCCUGUGGGUGCUCAAUGGGAAAUGGGAGCCCUGUCCCUGGGGAGCAUCCCUGCCAUGCCAAUAAAUCCCCCCCCUCUCCA